UUAAUAAUUAUUUAAUUUUAUCAUAAAACGCAAUUGCUUGUUAUGAGAUAGCAAAGAAUAGUGGGAACUAAAAUAUCGGGAGUAAGAAUACGCGGACUACAUUUACCAGAACACGCUUUUCUCAGAGGACUAGUGUGUUUGCUUCAUUUUAAUUUAAGCGUUUGGAUCCUACAGUCAGGAAAUACCUAUUAACAGAACAAACCUAAAGAAGGACGUCACAAGGGGUGAACUCACCAGUAUGGCUUCCACAAUUGAUUUCAGGACUAAAGUGGAUCAGUCGUGCAGAUACUCCGAGGAGUUCGUCAACAUUUACUAUGACUGCAUGGACAAGAAAAGACGAAACCUAACAAGACUGUACCUGGAUAAAGCCACGCUAGUAUGGAACGGGAAUAACAUUUCAGGACAGGAUGCCCUUGGAGAAUUUUUUGAGUCACUUCCAUCCAGUGAAUUUCAGGUGCAAUCGCUCGACUGCCAGCCAGUCCAUGAACAAGCGACUCAAGGCCAGACAACGUUGCUGGUGGUCACUGGGGGUACAGUCAAGUUUGACGGGAGCAAGCAGAGAUAUUUCAAUCAGAAUUUCCUCUUAACGGCUCAGGCAUCCCCGAACAGCGACCAGCCAGUUUGGAAAAUCGCAAGUGACUGUUUUCGCUUCCAAGACUGGACAAGCUGAAUGACAGCUUCUUGCUUUACGUGUUCUGUUUGUAUUGAAAAAUCCAUUGUGGAAGCUCAAGUGACUGUUACUUCAAGGGCUAGUCUAUUGUUUUGUUUUGAAAGUGUGCUGUACAUUAAAGAUUUGUUACACAAUCA